AUGAAGGAAGAAAUUAAUGUUGCACUUGAACUACUGUGCUCUUAUGUUCAACGAUAUGGUUCAAUAAAAGAAGAAUCAAUCGAACAAUUUCGCACACAACUUGAAAAAACUUUACUUGAACAUUAUCAGGGACAUUGGUAUCCUGAUAAACCUAUCAAAGGACAAGCUUAUCGUUCACUUGAAUUCAAUAAAGAAAAUGAUUAUUGUGAUGUUGUUGUUGCUGAAGUAUGUCAUAAAUUGGGUUUUACACCAAAGUUACUUGGUAUCCAACAAGAUUUAACAUUAUGGAUUGAUCCAUAUGAAGUUUCUAUAAGAUUGGGAAAUCAUGUAUGUCCAAAAGAUAAUCAACAAUUAUUAGUUGCUCGUUUUGAUAAAGACGGAAAUGAACUUAACCAUUAUGAUCUUGAUACAUUAUUAUCUCAAAGCCGGAUACCUAUGGUUAAUCGAUUACGAGCAUCUCCAACAAAUUCCUCACCAUGCGAUUCAGUUAGUAAUUCGGGUGCUUCAACACCACAACGUACAUCAUCACCAUAUCCAGUAACACAACCAUCCAUGUAUCAUAAUGGCCCAUUAUUUACACCACCAAGAGCUUUAUCACCAGGAGCACCAGUUUUUCAUAUGGCAUCAUCAAAUCCAAUCAAUGUUCCAUUAAAAUUACAUCCAUUAGAAAAUAGUAUUAACAUCGAUGAAGGUUUACUUAAUGAAGAAAAUCAUAGUCAACCUGAACGUUCGGAUACACCACAUUCAAUGAAUAGUACAACAUCAAAUGAAUCAUCUGAUAGUGGUUAUUGUGGUUAUGUUGAAAGUUAUCCAUAUUAUUACAAACUCAAUCGUUUAUAUAAAGCAUUAGCCUUACAAAAAUAUAAUACAAGUCCACAACCAGUGCGUAAAGCUCAACAUAAUAAUCGUCGUGUACCACAUCAAAUUUAUCAACAACAACAUAUUAUGUUUCCAUCACCUUUUUCAACUUCUCCACCAACACCAACACCAAUGAAUAUUGAUCAAUUAGCUCCUUUCUAUGAAGAUCAAUCAUUAUAUCCAAUAUCAACGGCUGCUAUUGGUAAUCGAAAAUCUAAUAAAUUAAAAAAAGUUCGUUUUGGUGUUGUUGCAAGUCGUAAACCAAAAUAUGCUGAAGCAGCACUAGAUUUUCAAAUAUUAUCACGUCAAUUUCGUCAAGAAAAUUGUCUUGAAUAUGCAGGUCUAUGUUUAAUACAAUCAUCACGUUGUUUUUCUGAAUUAAAAUCUUCAACAAGUGAAUUACAAAUGUUACUUGAAGCUGCAUCAAUAUUUAUUGAAAUUGAAUUACAAUUACAUGAUACAAAUACAUUAUCAUAUCAUGAAAAUUUAUCAUUAGCAUUAUCAACAUAUCAAUUAGCACAAAAAAAUUUACGUGAACAAAAUGAACGUUAUUUAGCUGGUUUAAUUACAUUUCAAGUUGGAUUACAUUUAGAAAUAUUAGAAAAAUUUCAUGAAAGUGAACGUCUUUUUUCUAUGGCAUUAGAUUCAUUUCAAGAUUUAUUAUCAAUACAAAUAUGUAUAUAUCAACGUUUAAUUAAUAUACGUAUUGAUAAUGAAAAUUAUAAUUUAGCAUUACAAACAAUAACAAAUCUUAUUGAACGUUUAAUAAAAACAUCAAUAAAUGAUAUAAGUUAUCGACGUUUAUUAGCAUCCUAUGAUAUUUUACGUCUUUUUCUAUUACUUAUAUUACAACCACAUCCACAACGUCUUCGUUCGGAUUAUGCAAAAACUUUAGAUGCAUAUACAUGGGAAUCAUAUGAAAAAUUAAAUAUACCAAUGUCAUAUUUAGAUGAAACACUUUUUUAUUUAUUACAAUCAAUAACAUUAGCUGUACAAGCAAAAGAUUUAAAUCAUAUUGAACAAUUAGAAUAUGAUUUAAAUCAACAAACACAAAUUAAUUCAAGACAUAUUAAUUUAUUUCAUAAAUUAAAACAAAAAAUAUCUGGACAUUUUAUUGAUACAUUUAAAUUUGAUCAACAUACAUCAAUAUCAAAUAAUAUAACAGAUUAUCGAUAG